CAAUCACAGCUCGCUUCCAGUCUGUGUUCGCGCAGCAGCUACUGGAAACACCAUUGGGCUGCUAGAGGCCGAAACACAUCGCCUACGUAGCGGCGAACUUCAUCUGCGGCAAGCGGUUGUCCGAGGACGCUCGCUUCCCUGCACUGAUCGGAACGGAGAUGGAGGCGACCACCGCGACACACAUGACCCUGCUAGGUCCUUCGCCGUUCUUGCCGGCGAAGCGCUCGCAGCUCCUCGGCAGCUUGCAGAAACUGCUUCCCAAUGCUCAGCUCAAAAGUGUCGAUGCACUCUACCUGCACUUUGUGCAGCCUGUCGCCGACAAGGCGCUCUCUUCGGCUAGCGCGGAGGAACGAACGACCCUUGACUAUAUCUUGCAGUACGGAGAUGACUUUUCUCUCUCUGAGACCAAGGAGGAGAUCUUGAAGGCUGUCGAGAAGGCAAAUGAAAGCGGAUCUACAGGUCAGGCCACCGUUCUCUUCGUUGCCCCACGGGCCGGAAACAUUUCUCCAUGGUCGUCGAAAGCUACCGACAUUGCGCGUAUGUGCAACCUCGGCUCCCUUGUCGCUCGUCUCGAGCGCGGCCUCGCUUUUGUCGUGACCACCGUUGCCGGCUCCACGGGUCUGGCGCAAGGGGAUGUCGGGAUCAUCGCAAACGAGUUGCACGACCGAAUGACCCAGUCGCUUUCGCUCGAGCCGCCUACGGCCGCCUCCCUCUUUGUGCAAUCGGCACCGGCUCCUUUGAAGACCAUUGACCUCUUGCAAGGCGCCCAGCCGAGCCAGGUUGAUCGCCAGAUUGCACGUCAACGCCUCGAAAACGCUAACAAGACAGACGGCUUGGCGCUCGCGCAAGACGAGAUCGACUACCUUGUCGAUGCUUUCGUUGCGUCGUCGGCUUCGCUGGGCCGCAAUCCAACGGACGUGGAGCUCUUCAUGUUCGCGCAGGUCAACUCGGAGCAUUGCCGACACAAGAUCUUUAACGCCGACUGGGUCAUCAACGGUGACAAGAUGCCCAACACACUCUUCGGCAUGAUCCGCAACACGCACAAGCUUGCGCCUCAGCACACCAUCAGCGCCUACUCGGACAAUGCAGCCGUUCUUGAAGGCUACGAUGCCGAGCGCUUUGCGGCUGCGCCUGCUGGCAGCGAAGAAGAUACGAUGGUGGUCUACGCGGGCAAGCGCGAGCCCAUGCCGCUGCUUGUCAAGGUAGAGACGCACAACCACCCGACAGCCGUUUCGCCUUAUCCUGGCGCGGCGACAGGCUCCGGCGGCGAGAUCCGUGAUGAAGGUGCCGUUGGACGCGGCUCAAAGCCGAAAGCUGGCCUCGUGGGCUUCAUGACAUCCAACCUGAACCUGCCGCAGUCGGCUUCUGCGUCCGCUGCCACGACGCCUUGGAAAUGGGAAGAGGACUUUGGAAAGCCGGGUCAUGUCGCCAGUGCGCUGGAGAUCAUGAGGGAUGCUCCGCUCGGCGGCGCCAAUUUCAACAACGAAUUCGGCCGUCCUGGUCUUGGUGGCUUCUGGCGCACGCUCUGCGAGCGAGUGCCGACUGGCGAUAAUGGCGCUGAAGAGGUGCGAGGAUACCACAAGCCGAUCAUGUUGGCUGGCGGGCUUGGCAAUGUACGACCACAGUACGCACUCAAGUCGAAGAUCACACCAGGCGCAGCCAUUAUCGUACUCGGUGGGCCAGGCAUGCUGAUCGGUCUCGGCGGCGGUGCCGCCUCUUCGCUUGCAACGAGCGGAGGAUCCGAACGUGCCGACCUCGACUUCGCCAGCGUGCAGCGUGAGAACCCUGAGAUGCAGCGUCGCGCGCAGCAGGUCAUCGACAUGUGCUGCGCCCUGCCGGAGAACCCGAUCCAAAGCAUCCACGACGUCGGAGCCGGCGGGCUCAGCAAUGCCCUACCCGAGCUCGUGCACGACGCCGGCUUGGGCGCCACGUUUGAGCUGCGCGACGUGCUUGUCGAUGCGCCUGGCAUGAGUCCUAUGGAGAUUUGGUGCAAUGAGAGUCAAGAACGAUAUGUUCUCGCUGUUGCGCCCGAGAAGGUUGCGCUGUUCGAGAGCAUCGCGCAGCGUGAGCGAUGCCCCUUCUCGGUGGUCGGCCACGCGAUGGAGGAGCAGAGGCUGCUCGUCACCGAUCGAUUGCUUGGAUCGACGCCUAUCGACUUACCCAUGUCUACACUGUUCGGCAAAGCGCCCAAGAUUGGCAGACAGGCGACGAGCUUGAAGCAGGCGCUGAAGGCUUUCGACAACACGCUUGUCUCUUACCUGCCUGAGCUCCAGGACGAGGGCAUGCGAUUGAAAGAGGCGGCAGAUCGGGUCCUCCAUCUACCGAGCGUCGGUUCGAAAGCGUUCCUCAUCACUAUCGGCGACCGAAGUGUCACGGGUCUCAUCGCCCGCGAUCAGAUGGUCGGACCGUGGCAGGUGCCUGUGGCUGAUGUCGCAGUCACACGCACAUCCUAUGGCUUCGAGGAUACGCUCACGGGCGAAGCGAUGGCGUCUGGCGAACGUACCCCGCUUGCCCUCAUCAACGCUGCUGCUUCUGCUCGCAUGGCGGUGGCAGAGUCGCUCAUGAAUUUGGCGGCUGCUAGUAUCGAAGGGCUAAGCCGCGUCAAGCUCAGUGCCAACUGGAUGUGUGCCGCGAGCCACGGAGACGAAGGUGCAAAGCUUUACGAAGCGGUCCAGGCCGUUGGACUCGACCUCUGCCCGAAACUCGGCUUGGCCAUUCCUGUCGGCAAGGACUCGAUGUCCAUGAAGAUGGCUUGGGAAGGCAAGGAGGUCACUGCUCCGCUCAGCUUGGUCGUCACCGCAUUCGCACCCGUCAACCGCAUUGAUCGGACGUGGACGCCGCAGCUGCGCACAGACACGGGAGAUGACACAGUUCUCCUGUUCGUUGACCUCGCAAAGGGCAAACAGCGUCUCGGUGGCUCGGCACUCGCGCAAGUUUUCCGUCAGCUCGGCGCAGAAGCACCCAAUGUUGAAGAUGCAGCGCUGCUUGCGGCUUUCUUCCGCGCUUGCAUGACGCUCAAGGCGCUACGCGUGCAAAAUCGUGCGGACAAGGAGGACUCGCUCGUCCUGGCAUACCACGACAGAUCUGACGGUGGUCUCUUUGCCACGAUCACGGAAAUGUGCUUUUCUGGUCACAUCGGCGCAACGAUCAACCUCGAUGCUGUUGCGCCUGCAGGCGCCGACGUCAAUGCGGCGCUUUUCAACGAAGAGCUUGGAGCUGUGCUGCAGGUACGGGCUGGAGAUGUCAAGGCUGUUUCCACCGUAUUCAUCUCAGAAGGUAUACCGGCGGAAGCCCUGCGCAUAAUCGGAACUGUUCCAACCGAUGCACAAGAUCAGAACAUUGCUUUCGCUCGACCUGGCUCAGCACCUUUAUUCAGGUCUUCGCGGGCCGAAAUGCAAAAAGCGUGGGCAGAAACAUCAUUCCGCGUACAAGAGCUUCGUGACAAUCCCGAAGCGGCGCAAUCUGAAUAUUCACUCAUCACCGACGAGCCGCGUGGAGCGCUGGCCCUGUCGUAUGAUCUUAAGUACCUACCCGGCGCAGAUGUCCUUGGGGGGCUCGCACCAUCUCCCGAGCGACCGCUUUUGUCACGUCCGAAAGUCGCCAUUCUGAGAGAUCAAGGAGUCAACGGCCACAUCGAGAUGGCCUGGGCAUUCUCACAGGCCGGUUUCUGCGCUGUCGACGUGCACACUUCUGAUCUCAUCUCGGGAAGAGUUUCGCUCAAAGAUUUCCGUGGUCUCGCUGCUUGCGGCGGCUUCUCCUUUGGCGACGUGCUUGGCGCAGGUAGUGGUUGGGCCAAAUCGCUACUGCUCAACCCACGAGCCAAGGCCGAGCUGACAGACUUCUUCGGAAACCGCAAAGACACAUUCGGUCUCGGCGUAUGCAAUGGCUGUCAGAUGUUCUCGCAGCUCGGCCACGCAGGCCUGAUUCCUGGUGCGGAGCGAUGGCCGUCGUUUAAGCCGAAUGCAAGUGCGCGCUACGAGGGGCGUGUCUGCAUGGUUGAAGUGUCCGAGAAGGCUGUCGCCUCCAGCGUCUUUAUGCGCGAAAUGGCUGGCAGUCGCUUGCCGGCCAUUGUUGCGCACGGCGAAGGCAGAGCGAGCUUCGCAAGCGAGGGUGAUCUGCAGCACUGCGAGUCGAACGGUUUGGCCAUCCUGCGCUAUGUGGAGGAUGGCGCGCCCACGGGCCGCGGUACGACGCGGUACCCGAUCAACCCGAACGGAUCGCCGCACGGCAUCACGGCGGUGCAGACGCCCGAUGGACGUUUCCUCGCGAUGAUGCCACAUCCAGAGCGAGGUGUCACGCGUGAGGCCAUGAGCUGGCGUCCAGAGGUGGAGAGUAAGAGCUGGAGAGGAAGAGGGCCUUGGUUCCGCAUGUUCGAGAGCGCAAGGGUCUGGGUCGGCUGAAAUGCAAGCUCACUGUGGGCAAACAAAUGCAUUUAGACGCUGUAAUGGAUUUUGCGACUAGAUAUGACUUCCAGGAAUGUGCUUUAUGUCCUUUGAGUUGUUAGAGUGUGGAUAGCAUGAGCACAGAACG